AUGGCUCGACGAACUGUGACCCAGAGUCGAAGAUCCCAAUCACGGAGACAACUGUCCUCUGCAGCAUUGCCUCAAGCAAUCGUGUCCCAGACCAGAAGAUCCCUAGCACAGAGGAACAAUGGGUCUAGACUUCCCUUGACAACGAUGAGUCGUCAAACCUUCUUUCAGAAGGUCCCUAACACAGAGCAAAGAUGGAUUGAAGCGGCAACAAAAGCAGGUGUGCUAACUCGGUCUCUCAGGGGCUUCCGGAAUUUUGUGUCUGCAUCAAAGAUCAGCCAAAAGCAAUUCUUGCUCUUCCGUACGAUCUUUAUCAAGCACGGCAGUCGGAAUUUUGAUGCUGCCACAUUUAAUCUUGGCCAAAAAUUCCAACAGGCAAGCUCACUCUUGCAAUCUUCACUGGCAUUCCGCACCUUUUUAGGAGCUAUUCGGGACAAUAACUUCCAAGGAUCCGGGGAUUUCCAUCCACUCAGGAAGCAGCAAAGGGAAGUCUUAGCGUACUCUUCUAACUCAAAGGAUAUACUGACAAAGAAAGAUGAAACGCCAGUCAAUGCAACUUUCAUAAAUAUGUUGCAGGCAAUUGCAGAAAUCGUCCCAUCUCCUCGUGCUCAAUGGCACCAUAGCAAAAUCAGACUCUCUCCUCGUUUCGGAUAUGGCCGAGGUUAUAGCGCGGUUACCGAUGGCCAAUUGCAGGAAAAGCAAAACAAUCGGAUAGAGGCAAUCGUCGAGUGUAAAUCGAUGGCACGUGUGGGCACACAUAUGAAAACUAUCGAUAUGCAGGAGGCUGCGCAAAUAGUGGCAUUGAUCAAGCAAUACCCAGGCCCCGAGAGACAGUAUGUUUACGUCAAACCCCGUCACUGA